AUGGCGGCCCGCAAUCCGCGGCCCGCGCGGCGGUCGCCCGCGGGGGCGGCUGGCGGGGCGGCGGGUGGAGAGUGGAGCGAAAAAGAGCUCCAGAGAGGUAGCCGCAUGAAGCUGCCGCCCUACGCGGUGGACAGCUGCAGCGGGUCCAGCAGCAGCGGCCUGACGGACAGCACCAGCAGCGUCGGCAGCCUCCCUUUCGCUUGGCACCCCGCCGCUUCGGCGCGCCCGGGCGCCCGGGAUCUCGUGCACGAGCAGUGGCUCGCCGGCGAGAGCUCCGACGAGGACGCCGACCAGGGCUGGCGGGGCAGCGAGGCCGCUCCCAGGCCAGAGGCGGACGGCCAGCGCGCCGACGGGUCGCUGUCGAUUGCCCCGAGGAGCCGCGCACGGCCGCAGGAGAGAGAGCUGCGCGUGGCCUUCGCUGCGCUCCCAGCG